AUUAGGUAAUUUCAACUGUUUUUUUAACUGUUUAAUAGUAGAUAUUAUAGAAAUACAGUUUUUAACUAUAUAUGUAUAUAGUUGCCUAUAUAGUUUUUAACACAAAAUAUGGACCAUUUAAUGUUUUUCUUAUCAGGUUCGCUGUAAUCGGUUUUUAUCAAAAUCGGCAAGUCUGUAGUCCGUACACAAAAUAGGUGAUUAAUUGAAAUGAUUCAAAUUCUUUGGUCUGUGAACGUCCUUUUCUCAAUUAUUUACAAGAUAUCUCUAUUGUCUAUUGUGUCUUUUAUGUUCGUUUGUUAAAAAUUUAAAAUUAUGAUUUCGUAAAUUUUAUUUGAGCUACCUAUAAUAUAAUAUAAAAUUUGAAAUAAAAUGAGCAAAAGAAAAGCUCCAAGUGAUUCCACAAAUCCAAAUCACGAUUUUUGUGAAUUUUUAAUUGAAUUGGCUGAUUAUGAGAAAAAUGUUGCACGUAAUAUAUAUAAGGCCAACGCUUACCGAAAAGCAGCCAGUGCGUUAGCUAAUCACGCUAAACGUAUUAAGUCUGGUGAGGAAGCACAAAAACUAGAUGGAAUUGGUGAUAAAAUAUCCAAGAAAAUUGAUGAGUUCUUAGAAACUGGAAAAUUAAAAAAACUGGAUAAUAUAAGAAGCGAUGAAGCUUCAGUUUCUAUUAAAGAUUUAACAAGAGUUAGUGGUAUUGGACCAGCUAAAGCAAAAGAAUUAUAUGAUUUAGGUGUUACAAGUAUUGACAUUCUGUUAAAAAAUCAAGAUAAAUUAAAUCAUCAUCAAAUUAUAGGACUAAAAUAUUUAAAUGACUUUGAAGAAAAAAUACCAAGAAGUGAAGUUAUUGAAGUAGAACAAAUCAUCAAGAAAACAUUACAUAAAUUGGAUCCUAAAUACAAAGUUACUAUUUGUGGCAGUUAUAGACGAGGUAAAAAGUUCAGUGGAGAUAUUGAUACUUUGAUUUCUCAUCCAUCGUUUAUGUCUCAGGAUAUUAAGAAAAAAAGUGACAAAUUGCAAGUGGUUGUAGAUAUUCUGAAAAAAAAUAACCUCAUCACUGAAACGAUAUCGUUGGGAGAAACAAAGUUUAUGGGUGUAUGCAAAGUAAAUCGUAUAGCAAGAAGAUUAGAUAUUCGCCUAAAUCCAUAUGAUCAAUUUUAUUGUGCUGUUCUUUAUUUUACUGGGAGUGAUUUAUUUAAUAAGCAAAUGAGAGAGCAUGCCUUGAACCAAGGUUUUACACUUAAUGAAUAUACUUUACGGCCAAUGGGUUCUACAGGUAUACCAGGUGAACCUGUGGAGAUAAACAGUGAAGAAGAUAUUUUUGAUUAUUUAGAUUAUCCUUACAAAAAGCCAGAAGAGCGCAAUAUAUAGUUUUGUAUACCCAACACAAUUUAUUCCAUAUCAAACUUUAUUUAAUAUAUUUUGGGAGUAUACUGUAUAGAUAUUAUUUUAUGAUAAUUGUGUUUGAAUUAUUCAUGUUGUUCAAAAAUUAUAAU